AUGACGCUCUCCCAAUUCCUUUCCAACACUGGAACGGAGAAGCUGACCCCCGAUGAUAUUCAGCUUCUCCAAAAGUGGAAUGCCGCCACCCCGACGCCAGUCAAUAUGUGCACGCAUGAACUCGUGCGUGAAGUUUGCCUCGAACAACCUGAAGCUAUCGCAAUCUCGGCUUCAGAUGGGCAGUGGACCUAUGCCGAAAUCGACUCCUUUUCCUCCGCUCUGGCCAGGCGGCUCAUUAGACUAGGAGUGGGCGCAGGUGUCUUUGUCCCCAUUUGCAUCGAAAAGUCCUGCUGGGUCAUAAUUGGAAUGAUGGCCGUGCUGAAGGCCGGGGGUGCUUUCCUCUUACUGGACCGCAGCCAUCCUCCAGAUCGCUUGCUGGGAGUGUGUCAGGAUAUUUCGGCUACUGUGGUGCUGGCCUCCGCGUCGUGCUUUCAUCUGGCCACCAUUUUGGCUGAAACAGCCUUGGUGAUUUCAGAAAAUGUCAGCACAGUGGAUAACGACGAUUGCAGCAUGGAGUUUUAUGCUCAGUCGCAAAGUCCCAUGUAUGUCGUGUUUACGUCGGGUUCGACAGGAAAGCCCAAGGGAGCCGUGGUCUCGCACUCGGCGUUCACAUCGAUGGCUACCGAAGUCCUCCCGUCCCUCGGGAUAAAUCGACAAUCGCGAGUGCUACAGUUUUCAUCUAACGCGUUUGACGCUAUUUUGUCUGACUAUUGGAUAACGCUAUUGGCAGGUGGCUGCGUAUGCAUCCCCUCGGAGUCGGAGAUCCAGAAUCGCCUCUCGCCAUACAUCAAUGAACUCAACAUCAACUGGGCCUUUUUGACGCCUUCUGUAGCGCGGAUCCUGUCUCCCGAGCAGGUUCCUACCAUACAGCAUUUGGCAAUAGGUGGAGAGGCUAUAUUGCAAUGUGAUAUCGAUAUGUGGUCUCCUCACGUCCGGCUGAUUGGCAUGUAUGGUCUAGCCGAAUGUGCUGUAUUCUCGGCGGUUCAACCAGACAUGUCCAAGGCUAUUAGUCCGUCGAGUCUCAACCAUCUCCUAGCAGUCAACGGAUGGGUAGUUGACCCGCAAGAUCACAAUAUGCUACUCCCGGUCGGCGAGGAAGGGGAGUUGCUUCUGGAGGGGCCUUGUCUUGGGGAUGGUUAUGUGAACCAACCCGAACUGACCGCUAUGGCAUUUAUUGAAUCCCCAGCGUGGCUGGGCAUGAGCGGAAAGAAGCGGCCAGGGAAUGGAAGGAUGUAUAAAACCGGGGAUCUCUUCCACUUGAAUUCGGAUGGAGUGCUUCAGUACCGAGGACGGAAGGGUACACAGGUGAAGCUUCGGGGCCAACGAAUUGAGCUAGGCGAGGUCGAGUCCGUUGCCCGUGAGUGCUGCCCUGAAGCCCGCGGUAUUGUUGCAGAGGUAGUGCGGCGUAAUCAUGGACAGCUCGUGAAUCUAUGUCUCUUCCUGCACUAUGCCCAGGACCAGGGCACAGAUGAACGAGGCGCUGAGUCUAGCACCAUCUUUGAGAGACCAACAACAAGGUUUCAGGAUCAAGCGGACCAGUUACUGCUGCAGCUGCGAGAAAGACUGCCUCGAUAUAUGGUUCCGGAGUAUGUUCUACCCAUUAAUUAUAUCCCAAGGACCACAUCAUCCAAAACGAACCGACGCUUGUUGCGCGAGAAAGCUGCUGAAGCGUUACAACAGUUCCCGGCAGCCCAAAAGGGUAGAAGUUCUCCUAAAGGAUGUCCCACGACAGAGAUGGAAAAAAGGCUCCACGGGCUGUGUGCCAGGAUACUGAAAGUUCCAAGUGAGAGCAUUGGCAUUGCCGAUAAUUGGUUCUAUAUCGGGGGCAAUUCUGUCUUGACGAUGCAGCUGGUUGGAAACGCAACCAAGGAGAACCUCUUGUUCGCCGUCCAGGAUGUAUAUCGGCAUCCGGUUUUAUCUGACCUAGCUGGAGUAAUCCAAUAUGUUAGCGCUUCUAGCGAGACUGUCAAACCCUUCACGCUUCUUUCUGGGGAUGCUGCAGUCCAACAAACUAUGAUUCAAGAAGUUGUUGAAAAGUACCCGGACUCUCCGGACGAUGUGGAAGACAUAUACCCCUGCACAACAAACCAAAUCCAGUGCAUCCAAUUAUCUGUCGCGAAUGAUGCCAAUCUCACUGUACAAAUUGACCUAGAGCCCGUUACAGGCUCCCUCGAUUUGGAUCAGCUUGCCCACGCAUGGAGCAUUCUUAUAGACGCCCAUCCCAUUCUUCGUACUCAUAUCGUGGAGUUAGAACAAGGUGAUUAUUUCCAAGUCGUCAGGAAAGGUUGCAUCCCCAUCGAGCACUCCUCAUCAUGGCCAACAGUAGAUAUGGAUAUAUGGGGACUCGGCCAGCCGUUACUUCGACUUAUCCGGCAAGACGACCGAUUCAUGAUGCUAUUUCACCAUGCCCUCCACGACGGUUUUUCGCUGGCGCUUGUGCUCCGCGAUUUUGAAAGAGCAUAUCGCGGAGAGACAUUGCAGCUACAGCCGUUCAGUCCAUUUAUACAAUGCACCUUGGAAAUUAACUCUCACGUGGAUGAAUUCUGGAAGAGCAUGUUUUCGGGAUGGCGACCAGCGGUGUUUCCUCGCCUUCCCCAUCCCGAAUACAAGCCUCGUGGUGCUUGCUAUCGAGGCAGGACACUCGCAACACAGAAGCAAGGCUUGAAUGAGUUUAUGAUAGACACCAGAAUUCGUCUAGCACUGGGGCUCGCAUUAGCCAAAAUUACAGGCAAUUUGGAUGUGGUGUUCGGAGCCCAUGUUAACCGGCGCGAUAUGCCUCUUCCCGGUAUCACUCAGAUGACUGGGCCAACUAUUGGUACAUAUCCAGUUCGUCUACAAUUCGGCUCACUGGAACAAACGUUGAAGGACCACCUGAUGUUAAUUCAGAACCAGACGGUUGAAACUAUCACCUUCCAGUGCGCUGAACUGGAUUAUAUCAAACGAUUGAGCCCUGAAGCAGCAUCGGCUUGCGAGUUUCAGACUUCGCUCAUGGUUCAAGCCAAUCUUGACGAUAUGGUCCCUUUUCCUUUCUCACAGUGUCGCUACCGUGAGGCUCCGUUCGAGUGUUGGAGUCUAGGUUUCGUGGUUGAAACCCAUCCAUCCUCGCUGGAUUUGCAUGCAUUCUACGACGAGAAGAUGAUUAAAACCGCAGAAGUGGAUUGUAUGCUGGAUCUGAUGUCUGAGGUUCUUGAAUUGAUUGACCGGGCUCCUGGCAGCAGGAUUGGCCAUCUUCUUGAAGUCUGA